AUGUCUUGCAAGGAUGCUAACAAGGCGGCGGCAGCAGCUGCAGCGAGUAUGGAUAAUGGCAAGUAUGUUAGGUACACGCCUGAGCAGGUUGAAGCACUGGAAAGGCUCUAUCAUGAGUGUCCUAAGCCCAGCUCCAUUCGCCGCCAACAGCUUAUUCGUGAAUGCCCUAUUCUCUCCCACAUUGAGCCUAAGCAAAUCAAAGUCUGGUUCCAGAAUCGUAGAUGCAGAGAAAAACAGAGGAAAGAGGCAUCGAGGCUUCAAUCAGUGAAUAGGAAGCUAACGGCCAUGAACAAACUCCUAAUGGAAGAGAAUGAUAGAUUACAGAAGCAAGUGUCACAACUGGUUUAUGAAAAUGGUUACUUUCGCCAGCAUACUCAAAAUAAUGCACUUCCUACUAAAGAUACAAGUUGUGAAUCAGCGGUGACGAGCAGUCAACAACACCGCUUGACGCCUCAGCAUCCGCCAAGGGAUGCAAGUCCUGCAGGGCUUUUGUCCAUUGCAGAAGAAACUUUAACAGAGUUUCUUUCAAAGGCCACUGGAACUGCUGUUGAGUGGGUCCAAAUGCCUGGAAUGAAGCCUGGUCCGGAUUCCAUUGGAAUCGUUGCUAUUUCUCAUGGUUGCACUGGUGUGGCAGCAAGAGCUUGCGGCCUGGUUGGUCUAGAGCCAACAAGGGUGGCAGAAAUCCUGAAGGAGCGUCCUUCAUGGUUUCGUGAUUGCCGGGCUGUGAACGUUCUUAAUGUGCUGCCUACUGCCAAUGGUGGAACCAUUGAACUUAUAUAUAUGCAGCUAUAUGCGCCAACAACUUUGGCGCCAGGUCGUGACUUUUGGCUGUUACGCUAUACUUCUGUCAUGGAUGAUGGCAGUCUAGUGGUCUGCGAAAGAUCACUUUGCAAUACUCAAAAUGGUCCAAGCAUGCCACCUGUGCAGAACUUUGUGAGAGCUGAAAUGUUGCCAAGUGGUUAUUUAAUUAGACCAUGUGAGGGCGGAGGUUCAAUUAUCCACAUUGUUGAUCACAUGAAUUUGGAGCCAUGGAGCGUUCCUGAGGUGUUACGCCCUCUCUACGAGUCUUCAACAAUGCUAGCUCAAAAGACCACAAUUGCGGCACUGCGCCAACUUAGGCAGAUUGCUCAGGAUGUUUCCCAGUCUAGCGUAACCAACUGGGGCAGACGGCCUGCAGCUUUACGAGCACUUGGCCACAGGUUGAGCAGGGGAUUUAAUGAGGCUCUCAACGCGUUUAGUGACGAGGGGUGGUCGUUGAUGGGUAACGAUGGCAUGGAUGAUGUCACUAUUGUGGUGAACUCUAAUCCUGAAAAAUUAAUGGGCUUAAAUCUCUCUUUCACAAAUGGAUACCCAUCAGUUUGCAAUGCAGUCCUGUGUGCCAAAGCAUCUAUGCUUUUACAGAAUGUACCUCCCGCAAUACUACUCAGGUUUUUGAGGGAGCACAGGUCAGAAUGGGCAGACAACAAUGUUGAUGCUUACUCAGCUGCUGCUGUUAAAGUUGGUCCUUGUACCUUUUUAGGGUCCCAAGUUGGUUCUUUUGGGGGUCAAGUUAUCCUUCCGCUGGCUCAGACUAUUGAGCAUGGAGAGCUGCUGGAGGUCAUCAAGCUGGAAGGUGUUGGCCAUUCUCCUGAAGAUGCAAUGCUGCCUAGGGAUGUGUUCCUCUUGCAGCUCUGUAGUGGGAUAGAUGAAAAUGCAGUCGGCACAUGUGCUGAACUAAUAUUUGCCCCUAUUGAUGCCUCUUUUGCUGAUGAUGCUCCUCUCCUGCCAUCUGGUUUCCGCAUCAUUCCUCUUGAUUCUGGCAAGGAAGCUUCGAGUCCGAAUCGCACCCUGGACCUUGCCUCUGCUCUUGAAAUUGGAACAGCAGGAAAUAAAGCAUCAAAUGACCUUGCUGUUACCGGUGGCGCGACAAGAUCCGUCAUGACAAUUGCAUUUGAAUUUGCAUUUGAAAGCCACAUGCAAGAUCAUGUUGCAUCGUUCGCCCGACAGUAUGUACGUAGCAUCAUAGCAUCAGUUCAACGGGUUGCAUUAGCUCUUUCUCCCUCUCACCUGGGUCCGCAAGCUAGUCUUCGCUCACCACUUGGAACUCCUGAAGCACAUACUCUUGCUCGUUGGAUCUGCCAAAGUUACAGGAGCUAUAUGGGUGUUGAUCUUCUCAAGUCUGCCAGUGAAGGGAGUGAAUCGAUCCUCAAAGCUCUAUGGAAUCACUCAGAUGCUAUUAUAUGCUGCUCCAUUAAGGCAAUGCCGGUGUUUACAUUUGCAAACCAGGCUGGUCUUGAUAUGCUUGAGACAACCUUAGUUGCGCUUCAAGACAUAUCUCUGGAAAAGAUAUUUGAUGAUCAUGGAAGGAAAAAUCUCUGCUCCGAGUUCCCACAAAUAAUGCAACAGGGUUUUGCAUGUCUUCAAAGUGGUAUCUGUCUGUCGAGCAUGGGGAGGCCCGUCUCUUACGAACGUGCAGUAGCUUGGAAAGUUCUGAAUGAAGACGACAAUGCCCAUUGCAUCUGCUUUAUGUUCGUAAACUGGUCAUUCGUGUAA